AGUUGUCAGUGCCAGACACAUUUUCGUGAAAAAUGGUUAUCGUUCACAUUAAACACAAAGAUGAAAGCCAGUUUCUUUUCGAAACUACUUUGAAAACAUCUGUGGAAAACUUGGCGACCUCAAUAGUUGCAGUUUACAACGGCAGACUGAAAAUCAACCGCGUUUCUUCUGAAAUUGAAGAACUGGCUAGUCAUGGAACUUUAUUUCCACCUGAAAUUUUAGGUCUCACAGAAGAACAAGUAGAGGAAAUGAAGUUGACCGAUCCAUGGGGAGAAAAGUGCAUCCCUAGUGGGGGGUUCGUUUUCGAAAAAGACCCCAUUGGAAGAAGGAAUGGCAAGAGACCCAAAAACUCAUUGCAGGAGGUAUUGAGGAAAGCUGUUCAAGAUGCCAAAGAGAUGGUGUCCAAGAAACUCGUUCUUCAAGAAAAAUGUUUGACAAUGAAAACCGUCCAAGAAGCUAUCAACAUCCUCAAAGGAGCAGUAACCAUAGUCUACCCUAUGAAGCUACCACCGCACGACACUAUCCGUAUGGAAUUCGAAAAUAUCGAGGAUCUUUCAGGUACUCAAGCAUCUCUCGACAUCAUCGACCCCACUACAGCCCAGCUCUGGUUUUGUGGAAAAGAAAUGUACAGGGAUGGAGGUAAGACGGUUGGUGACUACGUCGGUAAGAUAGAGAACUGCAAGGUGAUCAUGAAGAUUUCGAAAAGAGGAGAAGGUGCCCCUGGAAGAGAGCCAAUCAUGAGCGAAGACCAGAGGAAAGAGAUGAUGAUGUACGCUUACAGGAGACAAGAAGAGUUGAAGAAGCUGGAGCAUGAUGAAGACGAUAAUUAUUUGAAUUCGGAAUGGGCUGAUGGUGGAAGUCUGAAGAAGACUUUCCAUGGCUUGAAUAAUAUCUCUUGGAGGCCAUAGUUUGAGGUUAUGUAUUCUCUUUGACAGUAGGCCUAAUAAAGUUGAGCUCUCGAUUG